AUAUUAGUGAAGUGAGAAAAAUAUCGAGUCGAACCAAACAUUGGCUUUGCAGAAAACAAAGGUCGAUCAUGCUGCUCCUCUUCAGUUUCUCUUUGCAAUUUUCAACGGAUAAUAAUGGAUAUUUUUUCGCUCUCCGCCACCCCACGCAUCUUUGCCUACCCCGCUCUCUCCUCCACUAAUAGAAAACGCCACUCCAUCGCCACCACGUCCAUCUCUUUUUCUCUCAACCCACCACCACCACCACCACCACCACCAUCGGAGUGCGACAACUCAUCCUCCCUCCGCCGUCCCAAGUCCCUCAAUUCUACCAACACUCCUUCCACUAUUACUCCUAACCCUACUCAUAAAAACCCCAACAACCCACUCAAAUCCUUUCUCAAUCCUUCUCAUGUCCCUUCCCCACCUCCACCAGGUACCAGCAGGAGCAGCAGCACCUGCUCCACCACCAAUCCUGACAUUCUCUCCACCAAACUCCGUCUAUCUAGCAAGCUCUCCCCUCCUCCUCCUCCAUCUGCUGUUGCUUCUGUUCCUCCUUCUCCCCUGCCGAAAACCAAAGGCCGAGAAAACGAAUCCGGCAAAACUGAAUUCCGCCAAGAGGGAAAGAUUUUUGUUGGGAACUUACCCAACUGGAUAAAGAAGCGUGAAAUAUGCGAGUUCUUUCGCCAGUUUGGUCCCAUAAAAAACGUAAUCUUGAUCAGAGGACACAAUGAAACCGAAAGGAAUGCUGGGUUUGGGUUUAUUAUCUAUGAUGGUCCAACAGCAGCAAAGUCUGCCAUGAAAGCUGAGGAGUUUGAUGGAAUGGAGUUCCAUGGAAGGGUUCUUACUGUGAAAUUGGACGAUGGGAGAAGAUUGAAGGCUAAAGCGGAGGAAAGAAGGCGGUGGGUGCAAGGGGAGGAUGGGGAUGAUUAUAGGUCCAGGUGGCAUGAAGAAAGAGAGGGGUACAGAAAGGCGUUUCGGAGGGUUCUGGAGACGCAGCCAGAGAAUUGGCAGGCGGUUGUUAGUGCUUUCGAGAGAAUUAAAAAGCCUUCCAGAAGGGAGUAUGGAUUGAUGGUGAGCUAUUAUGCAAGGCGAGGGGAUAUGCAUCGUGCUCGGCAAACAUUUGAGAGCAUGAGAGCAAGGGGAAUAGAGCCAACAUCACAUGUCUACACAAGCCUUAUUCACGCUUAUGCAGUUGGUAGAGACAUGGAAGAAGCAUUGUCUUGUGUUAGGAAAAUGAAAGAAGAGGGAAUUGAAAUGAGUUUGGUGACUUAUAGCAUAAUUGUGGGGGGAUUUGCCAAAAUCGGCGAUGCUCAAGCUGCAGAUCACUGGUUUAAGGAGGCCAAAGAGAGACUUUCAAAUAUGAAUACAAUCAUUUAUGGGAACAUAAUUUAUUCUCAGUGUCAAACAUGUAAUAUGGAUAAAGCUGAAGCUUUGGUGAGGGAGAUGGAAGAAGAAGGUAUAGAUGCUCCUAUUGACAUAUAUCACACCAUGAUGGAUGGCUACACCAUGAUUGGCAAUGCAGAGAAAUGUCUGACUGUAUUUCAAAGACUUAAGGAAUGUGGAUUUACGCCCUCAGUUGUUAGCUAUGGAUGCCUCAUCAAUCUAUACACUAAGGUUGGUAAAAUCUCUAAAGCUCUGGAGGUUAGCAAAAUUAUGGAAUCAGCUGGUAUAAAACACAACAUGAAGACUUACUCCAUGUUAAUCAAUGGAUUCUUGAAGCUAAAAGAUUGGGCCAAUGCAUUUGCAAUUUUUGAAGAUGUUGUCAAUGAUGGGUUGAAGCCUGAUGUGGUGCUCUACAAUAACAUUAUUAAAGCAUUCUGUGGAAUGGGAAACAUGGACCGUGCCAUCUGUAUGGUGAAGGAGAUGCAGAAGGAAAGGCAAAGGCCUACUUCACGGACAUUUAUGCCCAUUAUACAUGGAUUUGCAAGGGCUGGAGAAUUGAGAAGAGCUUUAGAUGUUUUUGAUAUGAUGAGGUGGAGUGGAUGUAUUCCAACUGUGCAUACCUUCAAUGCUUUGAUUCUUGGCCUAGUUGAGAAGCGUCAGAUGGAGAAGGCUGUUGAAAUAUUGGAUGAAAUGGCAUUGUCAGGUGUUAGUCCAAAUGAGCAUACAUUCACAACCAUUAUGCAUGGCUAUGCAGCCCUAGGCGAUACUGGAAAAGCUUUUGAGUAUUUUACCAAACUGAGAAAUGAAGGAUUAGAGCUUGAUGUAUAUACGUAUGAGGCAUUAUUGAAGGCGUGCUGCAAGUCAGGCAGGAUGCAAAGUGCUUUAGCUGUAACAAAAGAAAUGAGUGCUCAAAAGAUUCAAAGGAACACUUUUGUUUAUAACAUAUUGAUAGAUGGAUGGGCUCGAAGAGGUGAUGUUUGGGAGGCUGCUGAUCUUAUGCAACAAAUGAAGCGAGAAGGAGUUCAACCCGAUAUUCACACUUACACAUCCUUUAUAAAUGCUUGUUGCAAGGCUGGGGACAUGCUGAGAGCAACAAGGACAAUGGAAGAAAUGGAAACUGCUGGAGUAAAGCCAAAUGUUAAAACCUACACGACGCUGAUACAUGGGUGGGCACGCGCAUCUCUUCCAGAAAAGGCUUUGAAUUGCUUUGAAGAAAUGAAGUUGGCAGGAUUACAGCCUGAUAAAGCUGUAUAUCAUUGCUUGAUAACAUCAUUGCUAUCUAGGGCUAGUGUUGCUGGAGCAUAUGUUUACUCCAACAUUCUUUCCAUUUGUAGAGAGAUGAUAGAAUCUGGGUUGAUCGUAGAUAUGGGGACAGCAGUUCACUGGUCCAAGUCUUUACGCAAGAUUGAGAGAACCGGUGGAGAGCUUACAGAAGCCUUACAGAAAAGCUUCCCUCCCGAUUGGAAUACACGCCACUGUGUUGAUGCCGAUCCUGAGCCAUAUAGCGAUGAUGACGUCGACAUUGAUGAUGAGAAUAAUUUGUAUUUCGAGAAAACUGUUGAUGGUGAUGAAGACAGCAAUGAUGAACAUGAUUACUUUAACCAAAGACUGUUGGUUUAAUGUAGGUUGGGUUUAUUAUGUGCUCCUGCUUGGCUUUGGAGCUGUUAUUCAAAUUGAGUUUAACGAACUUCUGAUUUUCCCAAUGAUACCCACCAUUUAUGAAAAAUGUUAGCUGUUACAUUUGUAAUAUUCAAUGUGAAAUUUUGUUGCAAACCUUACUGUAUAAAUCACCAAAAUAAAAUAAAAUAAAAAUCUCAAAACAAUAAUUGUUAUA